AUGACAAUAACGAAAAGCAACACAGAAAUUGAAGAUGAAGAAGAAAAACAAGUAUGUUCUGUAGCUAUCAACGAAUGUUCCGACGAACACACGGAGAAAGAUUCACCUUACUAUUCAGCUUGUCAAAAGUAUUUGGAGAACCAAAUUUGUGGUAUAAGCGCGUUUAAGGAAACAGAUUGUAGGUUAACGAUAACAGAUCUAAAGUGUGGUAGCCUGAUUACUGAACAUAAGUUAGUGCUUGGAGUGCGAGGUUCUGAUCCUAGUGGUAUAUUGAUAGGUAGUGCCGGGAAAGUAAUUAGGGAUGAAAUAAAAGAUGGUUCACUUGGUGCAUUAGCAAUAGAUACAACGUCUUUCAACUCGACAUUCAAAGGAAACGUUCGCGAACCAAAAUCGACUAAAAAACCCCCACAAGUUGAAUUUAAUGUAUAUGUGAUUGUCACAAUGGAAUAUACAUGGUAUGAAUUUUGUAAAAUUAAGGAACAUUUCAGAGAAACGAUCGCCAGCAGAUCGUAUGAUAUGAAAGGCAAAAAAUUGAAAACUACCGACAUAUUCAUUGUAAACAGCGAAACAAAUUGUGCAAUGCCUGCAGAUAAAACCAAGGAGGGUAUUGAUGUUUGGCUUGUGGCGCUGGGAUCAGAUGCGGAUAAAGUAACCAUACAAAUUGGGAAUGAUUUGAAGGAUUUGCUCGAUUCCAGACAGUUAACGAAACUUGGCAAUCUAUUUGAGGACAGG